AUGCAGAGACUGGAGAGAAUGCAGUCUUCAAGGGCUGGGGUGCAGUUGCAGAAUUGUGAAGAAGCUGAUUGGCAGGCGAGCCUGGACCAGAUUGGUUGGUCUAUGUGUCCCAGGAAAACCACUUUCCUCAGGGGUUUGUGGAGACAUGAUCCAAUGCCGGGAGAUAACAGAGUUGGGCGUAUUGAAACUGGAAACUGUUGCAGAGCAGAGGAACCCACUUUUAUCAAUCAGUCAUCUACUUGUUUAAAUGCAGAUUGGUCGCUUUUAUCGAAUAGAUAUAAUGUCUGGGCACUUUGUCCAUCCGGUUAUUUCAUGAAUGGCCUCAGGCUUGAUCAUGCUCUUCCCGCGUUUUUGAACAACAUAGCCGAGGCAAAGUGUUGUCAUCCACAAAAUCAUCCCAGUAGUUAUGAAGACUGUUACGAUGAAGAUGUUACCAUUUCAUUUGACCGGAAGGGAUGGAGUGAAUGCCAGCAGGAAGGUUUUUACAUGACCGGUUUCUACAAAAGUAGCUGUGAUAAGCUCUACUGUAUUGAGAAGUUCAGAUGUUGCAAGAUGAAAAGUGAACCAUCUCCUACACCUCAGAAUGUGAAAGGAACUAGCAUCAGCUCAAGCAGCAUCUCAGUUACGGGGAAUGAAGUUCCAUCACUCCCAUCUAUUAGAGGUCUUUCAAGUGGAGUUGAAAACAGUGGAAAAACAGAGCCACCUCGUGAACCCUCUGCUGCACCUCAGAAUGUGAAAGGAACUAGCAUCAGCUCAACCAGCCUCUUAAUCACGUGGGAUGAAGUUCCAUCAGCUGAUCGGAAUGGUUUCAUUUUGACUCACACGAUUACAUAUCGCUUAGCAACAGAGAGUCACAAUGCCAGUGUAACAGUUAAAGCUACUGAGUUUCAGAAGGAGCUCACAGGUCUAAAAGAGCACGCCAACUACAGCAUUACGGUGUUUUCAACGAAUCAAAUCGGAGAUGGACCAGCUAGCAAACCAAUUUUUGUCACUACCAGCCAGCAUAAAAAAGAUCAACAGACCUCUGGAGUUUUAUUCCAAUUCACCUGGGCGUCCGUUGGUGCCUUUGCAGUACUCGUUUGCGUUGUGUUAAUCGUAAUUGCUAUGAAACGAAUCAAGAGAAAGAGGAAAGGCUCUUUGGUUGAGGAGAGAAACGACGCAUAUAAUGUUUCCAUGCUCGAAAUUACACCGGACAUUAUGAACCAGCUGAGAGAUCAAAGCGAACGAAAUCCUAUAGAAACGCAAGCAGAGGUACCAAAUUCAGGGGCAGACGAGGUUGCAGUUGUUGAUAAUGAGACAUAUAUGGAUCAAAUGGAAAUUGACAGAAGCUGGGAAAUUCCUCGAGAAAGACUGGAAAUUUUAGAAACGGAACUUGGUGGAGGAGAGUUUGGAGUCGUAAUAAAGGGGAACUAUUUGAGAGGAGAUGGGAAUAAAUUGCCCGUUGCUGUUAAAAUGUUAAGAGGUCAGAUACAGCCAAAAGCUGUUUCCAUUUAUGAACUCACUUAG